UGUGAAGCUAAUCAACAUCGAUCUCUUCUGAAUAAUACAGUAACUAGCUAUGAAGGCAACGAGCGGCGUUCGCAUGGUUACUGGCAACGGAGAGAAUAGCUAUGCCUCCAACUCCAGGCUCCAAGUAAUUUGCAUCCUGCGCACUGAGAAGGCCAUUCUGGAGAGAAGGCCGGUGCUUUGCAAGGCCAUAGAGGAGGUGUACAUGUCGCUAUCUGAUUCUGCCCACAGGAGCACGAUGGUCAUCGCUGAUCUUGGCUGCUCAUCGGGUCCAAACACUCUGCUCUUUGUCUCUGAGGUGAUCGGGGUGAUCCGCGCCAACAAUCGCAAGUCCAAAGAUGCCUGCGCCGUGGACGUGCAGUUCUUCCUGAAUGACCUGCCGGGGAACGACUUUAACCUCCUCUUCCGGUCACUUGAGCACUAUGAUAAUCUCGGGUGCGGGAAGGAGCCGCCUCCAUACUACAUCGCGGGUCUGCCGGGAUCCUACUACCGGAAGCUUUUCCCUCGCGAGAGCGUCCAUCUCUUCCACUCCUCAUAUGCCCUCCAUUGGCGUUCUAAGGUCCCGGAGGAGCUAUCAAGUUGCACUCGCCUAAACGAAGACAACAUCUACAUUGGAAAGACUAGUCCACCAAGUGUGAUUAAGUUGUUCCAACAACAAUUCCAACAGGACUUUGAAUUGUUUCUUACAUUGCGUUCGAGAGAGCUUGUUAGUGGAGGCCAAAUGCUACUAACAUUUCUGGGGCGAAAGAGUGAAGAGAUGUUGAUGCAUGGGGAAGUUGGCAUUGUCUAUGAAUUGGUUGCUAAAUCUCUUCGGUCUCUUGUACAAAAGGGACGUGUGGAGAAAGAGAAAUUGGACUCAUUCAAUGUGCCCUACUAUGCCCCGUCGGUGAAAGAGGUAAAGACAUUUAUCAAUAAGAAUAGUCUCUUCGAUAUUGAGCACAUUAAACUCUUUGAAUCAAACUGGGAUCCUCAAGAUGACUCGGAAGGUGACGUGGUACUUGAUUGUGCCAUCAGUGGGGCUAAUGUUGCCAAGUGCAUCAGGGCAGUGUUGGAGCCACUAAUUGUAGACCACUUUGGAGAAGAUAUUAUUGAGGAGUUGUUUAUGGUGUAUGCCUCGAAUGUUGCAAAACAUCUUGAAAAGGGCAAGGGAAAGUAUCCAAUCAUCAUGGUGUACUUGAAGAAGUCCAUGAAUUGAUUUAAUCACAUAUAUAGUGUAACUGAUCCGGUGGUGUAUGCUGAGUACUAUAGUGGGACGUCAAAAGUUAUGGAUACCUGAUGCAGACAUCCAUAACUUUGUAAAAUUGAUGCCAAAAAUGUCAUGUUACUAGUCUAAAUUACUACCUUCAUAGUAGGUAGUAAUUUA